AUAUCUUUUGGGUGAACAGAAGUCUACCUUUGUGGGGCUUACAGGUUUCAGUGGCAUUGAUAAGUCUAUUUGAAACAAUACUACUUGGCUAUCUUAGUUAUAAGGGAAACAUCUGGGAACAGAUUUUACGAAUACCCUUCAUCUUGGAAAUAAUUAACGCGGUUCCCUUCAUUAUCUCAAUAUUCUGGCCUUCCUUAAGGAAUCUAUUUGUCCCGGUCUUUCUAAACUGUUGGCUUGCCAAACAUGCCUUGGAAAAUAUGAUUAACGAUCUACACAGAGCCAUUCAGCGUACACAGUCUGCAAUGUUUAAUCAAGUUUUGAUUUUAAUAUCUACAUUACUAUGCCUUAUCUUCACUUGCAUUUGUGGAAUCCAACAUCUGGAACGAAUUGGAAAGAAGCUGAAUCUCUUUGACUCACUUUAUUUUUGCAUUGUGACAUUUUCUACUGUGGGCUUUGGGGAUGUCACUCCUGAAACAUGGUCCUCCAAGCUUUUUGUUGUUGCUAUGAUCUGUGUUGCUCUUGUGGUUCUGCCUAUACAGUUUGAACAGCUGGCGUAUUUGUGGAUGGAGAGACAAAAGUCAGGUGGAAACUAUAGUCGACAUAGAGCUCAAACUGAAAAGCAUGUUGUUCUGUGUGUCAGCUCACUGAAGAUCGAUUUACUUAUGGAUUUUUUAAAUGAAUUCUAUGCUCAUCCAAGACUACAGGAUUAUUAUGUGGUGAUUUUGUGUCCUACUGAAAUGGAUGUGCAAGUUCGAAGGAUACUCCAGAUUCCAAUGUGGUCCCAAAGAGUCAUCUACCUUCAAGGUUCAGCCCUUAAAGAUCAAGACCUAUUGAGAGCAAAGAUGGAUGACGCUGAGGCCUGUUUUAUUCUGAGCAGCCGUUGUGAAGUAGAUAGGACAUCAUCUGAUCACCAAACAAUUUUGAGAGCAUGGGCUGUGAAAGAUUUUGCUCCAAAUUGUCCUUUGUAUGUCCAGAUACUAAAGCCUGAAAAUAAAUUCCAUAUCAAAUUUGCUGAUCAUGUUGUUUGUGAAGAAGAGUUUAAAUACGCCAUGUUAGCUUUAAACUGUAUAUGCCCAGCAACAUCUACACUUAUUACACUACUGGUUCAUACCUCUAGAGGGCAAGAAGGCCAGCAAUCGCCAGAACAAUGGCAGAAGAUGUACGGGAGAUGCUCUGGGAAUGAAGUUUACCACAUUGUUUUGGAAGAAAGUACAUUUUUUGCUGAAUAUGAAGGAAAGAGCUUUACAUAUGCCUCUUUCCAUGCACACAAAAAGUUUGGUGUCUGCUUGAUUGGUGUUAGAAGGGAGGAUAAUAAAAACAUUUUGCUGAAUCCAGGCCCUCGAUACAUUAUGAAUGCUACAGACAUAUGUUUUUAUAUUAAUAUUACCAAAGAAGAGAAUUCAGCAUUUAAAAACCAAGACCAGCAGAGAAAAAGCAAUGUGUCAAGGUCAUUUUAUCACGGACCUUCCAGAUUACCUGUACAUAGCAUAAUUGCCAGCAUGGGUACUGUGGCUAUAGACUUGCAAGAUACAAGCUGUAGAUCAGCAAGUGGCCCUACCCUGUCUCUUCCUGUAGAGGGAAGCAAAGAAAUAAGAAGACCCAGCAUUGCUCCUGUUUUAGAGGUUGCAGAUACAUCAUCAAUUCAAACAUGUGAUCUUCUAAGUGACCAAUCAGAAGAUGAAACUACGCCAGAUGAAGAUAUUUCUUCAAACUUAGAGUAUGCUAAAGGCUACCCACCUUACUCUCCAUAUAUAGGAAGUUCACCUACUUUUUGUCAUCUCCUUCAUGAAAAAGUGCCAUUUUGCUGCUUAAGAUUAGACAAGAGUUGCCAACAUAACUACUAUGAGGACGCAAAAGCCUAUGGAUUCAAAAAUAAACUAAUUAUAGUUGCAGCUGAAACAGCUGGAAAUGGAUUGUAUAACUUUAUUGUUCCUCUCAGGGCAUAUUAUAGACCAAAGAAAGAACUUAAUCCCAUAGUACUGCUAUUGGAUAACCCGCCAGAUAUGCAUUUUCUGGAUGCAAUCUGUUGGUUUCCAAUGGUUUACUACAUGGUGGGCUCUAUUGACAACCUAGAUGACUUACUCAGGUGUGGAGUGACCUUUGCUGCCAACAUGGUGGUUGUGGACAAGGAGAGCACCAUGAGUGCUGAGGAAGACUACAUGGCAGAUGCCAAAACCAUUGUGAAUGUGCAGACGCUUUUCAGGUUGUUUUCCAGUCUAAGUAUUAUCACAGAACUUACUCACCCAGCCAACAUGAGAUUCAUGCAAUUCAGAGCCAAAGACUGUUAUUCUCUUGCUCUUUCAAAAUUGGAAAAGAAAGAACGGGAGAGAGGCUCUAAUUUGGCCUUUAUGUUCCGGCUGCCUUUUGCUGCUGGGAGGGUGUUUAGCAUCAGCAUGUUGGACACUCUUCUAUAUCAGUCAUUUGUGAAAGAUUAUAUGAUUUCUAUCACCAGACUUCUCUUGGGACUGGACACUACACCAGGAUCAGGGUUUCUUUGUUCUAUGAAAAUCACUGAGGAUGACUUAUGGAUCAGAACUUAUGCCAGACUUUAUCAGAAGUUGUGUUCUUCCACUGGAGAUGUGCCCAUUGGAAUCUACAGGACUGAAUCUCAGAAACUUACUACAUCUGAGUCCCAAAUCUCUAUCAGUGUAGAAGAGUGGGAAGACACCAAAGACACUAAGGAACAAGGGCAUCACCGCAGCAACCACCGUAACUCAACUUCCAGUGACCAGUCGGAUCACCCCUUGCUGCGAAGAAAGAGCAUGCAGUGGGCCCGAAGAUUGAGCAGAAAAGGCCCCAAGCACUCUGGUAAAACAGCUGAAAAAAUAACCCAGCAGCGACUGAACCUCUACAGGAGGUCAGAAAGACAAGAGCUUGCUGAACUUGUGAAAAAUAGAAUGAAACACUUGGGUCUUUCUACAGUGGGAUAUGAUGAAAUGAAUGAUCAUCAAAGUACCCUCUCCUACAUCCUGAUUAACCCAUCUCCAGAUACCAGAAUAGAGUUGAACGAUGUUGUAUACUUAAUUCGACCAGAUCCACUGGCCUACCUUCCAAACAGUGAACCCAGUCGAAGAAACAGCAUCUGCAAUGUUACUGGUCAGGACUCUCGAGAGGAAACUCAACUUUGAUUUUUAAAAAAAGAGAGCGAGAGAGAGAAACUUUUUUUUUUUUCUAAAAGGAUCUUGCUUGAAACAACAAAAGGGUUGCUAGUAUGAAAGAACCUAGAUUGGAAUAUACUUAAUCCUCUCACAUUUAAAAACAAUCUAUUCUCUUAGAAGUGAAGGUCAUUUUGAAACUUAAUAUAUUACUUAUUGGUACUCCCCUAUUAAUAGAAAGGCAAAAAUGGAAUAACUUUGAAAACUUAAAACACAAAAUUUUCAGUCUGUUAUUUAAUUGUUUUCUAUUAAUCCAAAAUAUAUGAAAAAAAUUUAAAUUGUUAAGGUUUUAAGAAAGUAGACAAACUUUAAAUAUAUUUGGUGCAUCACAAUGGACACAGAAAGUUGCUGCUCCUCUUACAAAUUCUUUAAACUUGCAGUUUUUAUAAAAUCAAGCUCAUCAUAAAUGUCUAGUCUUCUCUACAUAGAGAUAAAUCAGUGAACUUGUGUGACUGACUUUCAUGUAAGAAUCAUAGUUUGCUUUAGAAUGCAGAUCUUUAAGUCAUUUUAACCUUUUUUUCUCUGCCUUUUUAUAUACCAUCAUAGUCAUCUUAGAAUUUGAGAUGUUCAUAGCAUGUUUUAUUACACUGAAGAAACUAAAACAAACAAAAAGAAAUCCUGCACUUUUUGGUAACUUUAUGUCUAGCAAACAUUUUAUGCCAAGAAAAGUAUACUAAAAGGUUAAUAUCUAUUAUUCUCUUAAAAGAAUGCCUAGCAUAGAGAAAAUACUUAAUACACAUGUGUUGACUUAAAUUUAAUUCAAGAAUUGAAACAUUAACUGGACUGAUGGAAAUAUGCUGUAAUGAUUUUAACUAGACUCUUGAGCUUUAACAGUUUUCAUAUAUCUAUAUAAUAAAUUUUAUUAGAAAAAUGCUUUUAAAUUGACAGAGAUAAUUUAUACCUUUUAUGAACUCCAAAGACACUUCAAAACAUUAAAAAUCCCCCUAUGUACUUGAUAUUGAAAUAAUUACACUCAGAAAUAGUGUUUUACACAAUUUUAUUUAAUUUUGAAAAGUCAUCUAUAGGAACUAUAUUUUAACAUUGUUAUGAAAAAGCAUAAAAUAAAAAUAAACAGUUUUUGGCCUUUACAUUUAAGACAAAUCAUGCAGAAUUUGACAGUUACAAAUUGAAAUGUAAACUGACCCUUGGUGACACCAAUGCUUUUAUCUGUAUUGCUUUAUUCUCCUACAGAAGUAGACCAGAAAAGCACAAGAGAAUGUGUAUAUAGUUUGCCAGGUAAUUCAGGUAAUUGAAUUGUGUUAAGAUGCUUCUGUGGGAAAGGCAUCGAUCAAUUUAAAAAUAUAUCAUUCUUCUAAUUUUGUAUUUUUCUUUACUUCUGAAUUUGACAUUUGUUUUAAUUCAACAAAAAAUAGGACAUGUAAGACUAGAAAGAGACAUUUUGUCCUCUCUUUUCAUAAUAUUCCUCUCUGUUAUUUAAAGAAGAUCAAUUUAAAGGAUAAAACAUUAAAAAAAGUCUAAUGUUCUUUCAAUAAUUCUUCUGAAAUAAAAGUAUACAAUAUACAAUGUGAAAUAAAAGAUUAUAGCCAUUAUAUAAUUUGGCUUAGAAAAUAUAAAAUGCUUUUUUUUUCUUUUAAGUAUUUUACGUUACCUACAUUUUAGAAUAACAAGAACAUCAAGAAUUGCCCCUACAAGAGAGUGAGCUUAUCUUUAAUUUUCUUUUAUCAGAGAAGAGAAUCUAUAACAAGUUACUUUAAAUUGGGAGCAUGCCUUAAAACUUAAAGAUUGUAUGCCUAUAUGUGUAUAUGCUAGAGACAUGUGAAAUAUAUUUGACAAACACACAUAUUCACAUGUAAAUUGUUAAAGCUGAAGGCAGAAUUGAACAAAUAUAUGUAACAAAGAAAAAAAUUAAUUUAAUAAACUGGUUUUAUAUUUGCACAUAAGUAGUCAAGUAUGAUGUUUCUCUGAGUUGACUUUUUUUACUUCAUUGCAGUUAUUUUGGGGAACAUAAGAUUUUACAAAUCUUUUCUUUCCCCACAAAAUCUGAAGUUUAAUUUUUUUUUUUGCAUUAUGACAGUUGUCAAGACAAGGAUUUUAACUUAGAUAUGAUUAUUUGUAUCCAUAUAACUAAAUUUUUGUCUCAUAAAUAUUAAAAUAUAAGUUUUGACUAUAAACAUGAAUCAAAAUUUAGUAUUUGGCACAAUUCAUACCAGCUUCCUAUAAUAAUAGUUUGUAUCUCUGUUAUUUAAAGAAUAAAAACAUGCUUUUAGAAGACUUUGUUGCCUUCUUAAAAUAAUUAUACUUGCACAUGAAAAUAAAACAUAAAGUCAGUAAUAGCCCUGUUGCCCGAUGAGAGUUGAUUAUGUUUACCAUCUAUGUACCAUUUUGCUACCAGUUACACUAAAUUGCUUUAAAUUAAAUAAUAAAAUUAUUUCCAAUGAUAAAAA